ACAUCCUCUACAUCUACAACAUACAUUCAUGCACUGCUGAUACUCCAUAAUGUCAAACAGCCUGGGCAUAAACGCAGGCCGCCCCACGCCCCCCUCAGACAUCUCCCACCCCCCUCCCUCUCCCCACCGCGACACCCCCACCAGCGCCUCGCCCACGUCCACCGACGCAAGAUCAUCCCACCGACCGCUUCCGCAGCCCCUCACGACAGCCAGGCAGAGCCUGCAGGGAGCUCACUCCAGAAGCGCGUCUCUGGGAAGCACAAGGCCGUCUGUGCAGCGGCUGCAUGAAUGGGCUGCUGCGAGUAGGAGUAAUAGUAGCUCGUGGUCGCCGGCAAGAUCGUCGUCUGCUGAGAGCGCACGGCAGAUACAGUUACCGCCACAGAUUCUUCAAGCGGACCUGCGCAGACGGACCCCGUCAGUUGUUGACGUUGACACCGACGUCAGUGUUGAGGCGCGGAAUACAAGCACUGCGGAACCCACCCGACCAUCAUCCAGUGCUGAUCUAGUCGACCUCGACGACGAAGACGCCAUACAACCAAGAGCGAAGCGCCAGCGCUUCAACCCAGCCGACAUCAUUGAUCUCGACGGCAGCGACUCAGACCCUCUAUUCCCAGACGACUCAGACCAAGACGACGAAGCCGAAGACGAAGACGACAACGACGACGACAACGAACAGAGCGCAGAACACAAAGAAUGGCAACGCAAACAACUCGAGAAACCCACAGAAAGCUCAACCCUCCUGAGCGACCUCAACUGCGUCAUCUGCUUCGACCAGCCUGACGUCCUAACGCUGACACCCUGCGGCCACAUGUUUUGCAUGGACUGCAUCUGGCGCGCUCUCUGCACCGGACCUAAAGUCACGCCUACGGGCGGCGAAUGCCCGAUUUGCCGCCGAAAAGUACAUUAUAAGAAACUGCUGCCGCUGCAGAUGAGACUGGCGGAUGAGGAGCUGGAUGAGCUCGAUGAGGUAGAGGGUCCUCAAGCGAAUGAUUAGCACUAGCAUUUUGGCAGAAGCAUGGGUUUUACUAUAUGAUAUUUACGGAGUUUGGGGAAGUGUACAGCAUUCAUAUCUCUAUUCGGUGU